GUCCGCGCAGGCGCAGUCCGCUCCACUGUGCGCUCUACUGUUUGCAUUGUGUCUGAACUGCCGGCGAGCUUUAAAAAUAUUAAACCCACCGCGGCGGCACAAUGUCGGGCAGGUCGGUCCGAGCUGAGACCCGGAGCAGGGCGAAGGAUGACAUCAAGAGGGUCAUGGCGGCCAUCGAGAAAGUACGAAAAUGGGAGAAGAAAUGGGUGACCGUCGGAGACACGUCCCUUCGUAUCUACAAGUGGGUGCCGGUGACGGAGCCCAAAUCAGAUGAUAAAAACAAGAACAAGAAGAAGGGCAAAGAUGAGAAAUACGGCUCCGAGCUGACGACUCCAGAGAACAGCUCCUCCCCGGGGAUGAUGGACAUGCAUGGUAGGUGCUCAGAGGACGACAACAGCAACCAGAGCUCCAUCGCCGACUCGUCUCCGGUCAAACAGGAAAACAGUUGUAGCACGAGCCCCGCCCCCGAGCCCACCAACACGUCUCACCGCGAGAGCAGCGAGACCAAGAGUGACCAGAGCCCGGACAGCAAGAGGGGUAAGACCACCCCGUCAUCAGAGACCUCAGAGAGAGCACAAAGUGCCAAGAGAGACAGUCUGUCCUCAGGAGAGAAAGACUCCUCGGACAGCAAAGCCACUCAGGACCUAGAGGAGGAGGCCCCGCCCAGUAAGAAGAGCAAAGUGGAGUCCUCACCUCCGGACUAUGAGGAGAGUUAAAUCCCCGUCUCCUUCCCCCCUUCCUCUCUCCCUCCCUCUCUUCCUCCCUCCAUUAACUCUAGAUAAUUUAGGGCUAAUGGACACACCAGCUCUCCUCCCUCUCCUCUCACCCUCCCUCCCUCCUCCCUCUCUUCUUUACCCAAACUAUACCAAAGGGAGAAUGGACGUCUCUCUUCCUCCCUCCCUCCUUUCCUUCCUUCCUUCCAGUUUGCCUCCUCAGCCCUAACACUCCUCUGCCACAGAGGGAGAAUGGAUAUUACCUCUAUUCACUGGUCCCCUCCGUGCUUCCUUCCAGUUCUCCACUUUUUCACUAAUGCCAAGAGAAGCUCUGAACCCGGGAGCUGCAAUCCCCCUCUGCGACCAGGGGGGGCGGCGCUGUCAGCCGAGCUCCAGCCACCACCAGGCCAGACCACAAACCCCCUGACCUGCACCUGUGACUAAAAGAGUUAACACUGGGGAUCUGACUGUAGGACGAGGUCGAACCUGCGCGCUGCUCUGAGACCGUUUUUAAAUACUGCUAACGGGUCAGCUUAGACGCCGACCUGGUCUCAGAUCAGCCGCCGCAGGGGGAACCUCCACCCUACGACCUACGUCACUUCAAUCCUCCCGAUUCGCCUCCUGUUAGACUAAUGUUCUAUCUUUGUUUAGGAAAUGUGUAGGGUUUUUUUCUCAGGAGGGUCAAUGCACUGUUAUGGUAUGUCACAAUCGAUCACAGAUAGAUUUGCUGCUGUAGUGGAAGUCUUUUUUCUCUAUCCAUGAAAGGUUCUCCAUUCACAUGUUUUUAAAAGUGAUUAGCUCGUGGUUGGUAGAAGCAGAAGAAGAAGAAGAAGAAGAAGAAGACGGUACUGGUCAAAAGAAACUCCUUGGAGAAGUAGUGAAGACAGGCAUAGGUAGCGUAGAUCCUGAUGGUGUGCCUUGAGUUGCUACGAUUAAAUACACGUUUUAGGUCAAACAGGUUUUUGAAUCACAACUUUGGUGCCAUGCUUAGUUUUGUUUUUGCCUUAUCAUCGUCACUAAUUAGCAUUCGCCCACUUUUAUUUACAACCGCAAUAGAUUUCUCAUGGAAGGAAUAGCUCCACAUUUUGGGAAAGAGUUUGAGGAAGUGUUUGUGAAGCACUUAAAGACUGAAUACGAAGAGCGGCUAGAACCGUGACCUGAAGACGAGCAAUCUCACAAACUCUGAAGAAGCUAGCUCCAGACGCUCUGAUGGAUGCAUUCUGACUAAAAUACCACUCAAGACUAUGACGCUAAAGGCUAGAGGCGCUUAGCUUAGCAUCGGUUUUACCACAGUGUCAACAGGCAGAAGGGGAACGUGCCUUCCUGCAGGAUUUGAUAUGACGCGUGUGAUCAUGGAUGUCUCUGGCGUCGCCUUUGUUGUUGAGAAGUAAUCACCGUUGUUGGAUUUUAAGUAUCGGAAUCAAGGAGAAGUUUUUACGUGUUUGUUAAAUUCCCACGCAAAAAAACGGGGAACAAAAGUUACAUAUCGUUUGUUUUUUUAUGCGAAUCACGUCGAGAACGUACAUUUUUAUGCCGAUUAAGUAA